AGCGGAUUCGGUUGUAUGUCCGCUACCGCCACCGCCACCGCCUCCACCUUUGGCGGCAGUUCUUCCUCGCUUGCCAGCUCGUCGGUGCUGGAUGACCAGACGCUGCUGCACCACGCAGCGGAAGUGGCGCUGGAAGAAGCCAAGCUGUGCGAUGUCAACGAGGGCAUCAAGCGCACGCUGACGGAGCUGUUGAACUGCGAGGCGACGAGGGGAGAAGGGAACAGGCAGUUUCGGAGCUGGGUGCAGGGACGGUUGAUGGAGGCGGAGAGGGAGUUGAGGAGGGGAAGGAGGAGGAGGAGUGCGGGAUCGGCUUGUGGGGGUGAGUAAAAGGCGGAAGCUACCUAGGUAUGGGAAAAUGAGCAGAGGAGGUUCAUUCAGUUACACAGACAGGAUGACAGCUGUGGGCUGUCGUCUGCACUUUUGGCAGCAGGAGGGUUCGUCAUAGGACGAAAGCUGCGUUUACGUACGGCGUCGUCUGCAAGAUUGUCUAUCACGACGACGUCUUUGAUGGAUUGACAAGGCCUACAACUUGGGAAGCAUCCAUCCGCCUUUCCCGAUUUUCUUUUGGAUCGCCCGAGGUUGGCGGACCACAUUGUUUGUGUCUUGCAUGGACAUUUUGUUACGACUUGGCUUGCAUCUUAGCUUGGAGUUUACGGAUUGUUUGGUUUCUUGUUUAUUGUUGUUGCCCGUGGAGUUUUUCUGUCUGGACUUUUUUUUCCCGUGUCACAUUUGGUCUUCGGACUGGUUAUUGUCGAUCGAAACUUCGAAACCAUUUUCAACAACUCUCAUCGGGAAACACCGGCCAGCAAUAUGGAGCAAUCUUGAAUCGUGUCUCCGUCAUGCAAUGACAUCGACAUUACCAAUUUCUAUGGGACCCUUGUUAUGGAGCCACACCCAGUUGGAGCAUCUCGCUUCGCCCAGCCGCCGAGGAUCCGGGUUCGAGCAGAGGGUUCGGGAAGCAUGGCAUGAAUCCGAAUCCGGGAGAAGUGGAAUCCCAGCAUGGCUGUGUCGCCGUGUCGCGAGAUGGCAGAAACAUUGGACAACCAUGUUUGGCAAAUGGUCGGAUAAUUUCGCCCUUGGCAAUCAUCGCGACGACAUUCUAUUUUCGGGGCUAUUCGGCGGCGGCGGCGGCAGGCAGAAGAAUCGAAGCACGGAUCAGGGGAGGAAUCGAGUGUCACUAGAGUGGGAGGCAUGAUCAUCAUCAUCAGUUCACGGAGGAUUUCAUUCAACCAACAAAGCAUGUUAUGGAAAUUGGGAGGGGACGAACGGAACAGAAAGGAACAGACAAAAGCGACAUUACGAACCAGGGAUUAGUCGCAUGGUCACCUGUCUAUGCAUAGGGGAGCAAAAAACUUAUUAUUUGUUUAUUUGUAAUUUUUAGUGUUGUUUGGCCGCCAGGUUUUCGAUAUCGAUUUGGCAUUUCUGGGAGGGCGGAAAGAAUGAAGACAAAAAAAGUUUGAACC